AUGUCCCAAUCAAUGACUCCUUCUCGACCAUCCACACCUGUGUCAAGAGCUCCCACAGCGCCUUCGACCCCAGUCACUGGAUCAUGGAAGCAUCCCCGACUGGAUGAGAUUAUCAAACGCCAGAAUGCCUCAACUUUCUCCGACCGAAGCAUCAGAAUAAUCGCAUAUAAUCUGGGGGGUCUGCUUGUUGUAUGGUUUAUCGGCAGAGCACUAUGGACGAACCUUCCAAGUCUCUUUUCUCCCAAUUCGAUCUUGCAGCCAUAUGCGACAUGGGGAUAUUUCCUACUACAUGCGUUGUUUAUCUAUAAUAUUUCGACAGCAUGCGCGCCACUCGUUCGUACUCAAGAUAAUAUGGAAGAUAUCCCUCUCACACCGGCGCAAAGAAAACUGUUUGGACUGCCACCAAGCACUAAAGCGGCUACACCUGAUGCGAGAUACUCUACGCCGCCUAGAUAUAAAAGAACUCCUACAUUAAACAAUUCCCCAGGAAGUAAAGGAAGCUUCCCGAAUUCGCCGUUAUCUGGAAAGGGAAAGGAUAGUCCACUUGGAGAGAGUUUUGGUUCACAGUUCUCGCCAGGCGCCAGUCCGCUGUUGCAAAAAGCUAUGGGAGGCGGUAUUGGAGCGGGUCUGGGAGGGUCGAGAAGACAUUCAUACGGAUCCGGCAGCCCAUUAGGACCUGGUGGAUCUAGGUUUGGUGGUGCGCCCGAUGUGCCAGGUACACCCAGCCCUUCUGGAGCAAAGAAUCCCUCAGUAGGAUUGAACAGCAAGUGGCUAUACGACAAAGAAAGAAGAAAUUCGGGAAGUGCGCGAUUCACCCAGCGUAAUUUACAUCAACCCGACCGAUGCAAGACACACAUCGCGAUGGGGGCAUCCGACUCGAAGCUCACGUUUAAGCAGGGCAUUUUCAAGCUCUCGGAGGAAAAAGAUAUUGCUGCCGACGAUCCCUAUUGGGCGUCUUUCUGGGAGCUCCCAGAGACAACAGAGGAUAUUUUCAGUUUAUUUUCGCCAGCAGAUAUACGGAGGACCAGAGACACCGCAUUGGGAAACCUAGAAACGCUCAUCCUCGCUGUUACGAGCCGCCUGUUCAUCUUGCGACACCACCCAUCGUUUCCCGACCCAGAGAUCGCACCAGAGAAGGACGCUCUUAAUUGCGUCAGGGUUCUCACACGAAUACUUCCCUAUCUAUACGAGGCCGAUCAAUUGCAACCAUGGGAAGAUAAGUUCUUCUGGGGCGUGAGGAGGAAACGAACACGGCAAGCAUCAUUGGCCCGAAACGUACUAUUCGAUGAAUCACAGGAAGAGUUAGCAAAGCUUGAAGCGGCCGGGGAAGAGUUUGAGGAGGUCAAGCCUUUGGCGGAGGAGUUGAUAGAUACCCUGAUUGAUUUGCUCUUUUUCAGCGAUUUCACCCUUCCCAAGGCACCGAACGUUAAAAACAAAGUCACCUAUGCGAUAUGGUCUAGUGGAGUGGGAUGCAAUACUCCCGUGGCGACGAGCAGGGAGUACGAAAGCAAUAGGACGGAAAUACUUCGUUUACUAUUGACUAUGACAAGUCAGAGCAUGUAUAUGUCCGCAAAUCUUUUGCCAGUGACGGGAGUGAAGGCCAUAUCGUACAUUGUUACCUGCCCAGAUAAGCAGGUGGUCUUGUCGACUUUGUGCUCCUUGUUGAACACUUCCUUGAAGUAUAAUCCAGCCUCAUGGAAAAUACCAUACAAUGUUCAGGUCUUCAAAGAUCCUAAACUAAUAUUUGUUACAUACGCACUACAGUUCAUGCUCGUUGUUGUGCUUUACCCAAUACCAGAAUCAGACCCAAACCACACCAAGAAGAACUACUUCCGUCACUUCCUUGGAAGGUUGCAUCGGCCGCAAGACUUCCAGUUUAUCACUGAGGGCAUCACGAGAGUGCUCAACUAUCCGCUCCAUGCUAGCACCUCUUAUAUUCCUGGAAACCAGCAGACUAACAACAAGCUUACUUCUGAGAUGAUAAUGUUAUUUUGGGAGAUGACCCAGUGCAACAAAAGAUUUCGAUCUUAUAUCAUUGAUACGAACCGAUCUCACGACUUUCUAGUCUUAUUGCUCUACUACGCGAUCGAUUACAAACUCGAUGCAUCGAAACAAGGUAUUGUGCGGAUGUGUGUUUUCAUACUACAAACACUCAGUGUCGAGAAAAACUUCGGCUUGAGUUUAAAUAAGAAGUUUGAAAAUCAGGAAACACUACCUGUCACUAUUCGGCUACAGAACUUCAAUGGUUCUUAUGCGGACUUCCUCAUCCAUUCUAUUUACAACAUAAUCACAACGAGCCAGGGGAAACUCACUGCCAUAUACCCGGCUCUGCUAGCUGUUAUCAACAACGUUUCUCCACACCUGGAGAACCUGAGUGCUUCAGCAUCCUCCAAAUUACUACAACUAUUUUCUUCCAUGUCAUCGCCCGGCUUUCUCCUAGGCAAUGACAGCAAUCACGAUCUCCUUCACUCUCUGCUUGAGAGUAUGAGCUCCAUUGUUGAGCAUAAAUACUCUAAGAACCCAAAUUUUGUAUAUGCUAUUUUACGGAAUAAGAAGCGAUUCGAAGCGUUACGAUCGUUUACAUUAGAGAGUGGCCAAGAAGAAAUUGAAAGAAGAAAUAAGCGUAGAAAAGAGCGGGCUUCUGACCCGUCAGAUCUGAGCGAAACCCAUGGCCGUCGAGGCUCUGCUGAUAGCAUUAGAAGUCCGUCUUCGAGCCGUCCUCGAAUACCGGCUUUAAGUGACGUCCCUGAAGAAGACGGUACGUUUGCAAUUGGAGACGAUGAAGACGAUGAGGAGGAUGACGACCAUCAAUCUACUCCAGCAGAGUCUACACCUACAGAGCAACCCUCGCGAGCUUCAUCUGUGUCAUCCGGAAUCGACGAAGUACCUCAACAAUUACGAGGGAUGUCGGAGAAGGCACGUGGUAAAAUGCCGGCUGGUAUGCCCACAUUUUCCCGCCAGAAUAGUACCACAUCUCUCGCAUCCUACACAACAGCAGGGUACUCAGCAACCGGCGCCUUCGAACCGACGCCAGCUUGGAUAGAAUCUUGGCUUCCGGAACUUCCACUUCAUACCUUGCUAACUCUCCUCACUCAUCUUUCACAUCUUGUUCCCGGUCAAUCACCUACAGACACACCAACCCCUCAGAUCCUCCGCACUAUACUCAAAUCACCCUUCACAGUGGAGCCCUCACCCAUAAAAAUCCAAUACUUUGAGUGGUCACCGCUCUCUCUGGGGUGGUACGAAUCACUACUGUGGAGUUUCGUUUUCACUGCCGAGAUGCAAGUCGCCAAAGGCACGGUAGGUGUUUGGAACGGAACUGGUAUUCGACUAUUCAGGGUAGAGGCUGUAGCAUCUUCAGGCCCAACUCUAAGUUCCCCACGCGGUGCAGUGGAUGCUGUAGGUAGUACUAUCGUAUCUAGAAUUGGGAGUAUGAAUCUUAGGGGUGUGGGUAGUACGGGUGGGGAUCAAGGGGAGAAUAUUAGUAGAACGGGCACGGGUAGCGGGACUGGAACUGGGCUUGGAGUUGUGAUGGGAUUGAUCCUCGAUAUCAUGCGCGACGAAGCGGGGAAGGCAUGGGAUUUCAUGGGUUACUUUGCAUGA